CAAACAGUAAAGUUUGCUUUGGGUUGCAUCUACCCUCCGUAGGUUGUUGAUACGGAGGCCCGUUUCUACCAUAAAUGAAUAUACAAUAAAAUAAAACAAAAGACAUUAGCACUGUCUAUAAGCAGCUAAUUUCCAAAGCCAUAUAGGUUGCCACUCCACUUACAUUUACGGGACUUAAAAGCGCAGGAACAGAACACAAGCUUGGCAUCAAUUUUUGAGAGGAGAGGAGAGAUGGACAUUUGACAUCAUUGACAGGCUUAACAAAUUGUGACGCCCAGCUUGCAGCAGCUGUUACCCUUCUCACAACAGCCAUGCACUUGGAGGUCAAAGUAGCCCUGAACUUCAUUGUGUCGUACUUGUACAACAAACUUCCCCGCCGCCGCGCAGACCUGUUUGGGGAGGAGCUGGAACGGCUUCUGGUGUCGCGCUUUGAGGGUCACUGGUACCCCGAGGCCCCUCUGCGGGGGUCCGCCUUCCGCUGCCUCCACCUGGGAGCCCCCCGGGAUCCCGUGGUGGAACUGGCGGCUCGGAGGAGCGGCCUGGACACGGAAGAAGUGCGAGCGAACGUGCCCCCAGAGCUGAGCGUGUGGAUCGAUCCUUAUGAAGUGUCCUAUCAGAUUGGGGAGAAAGGGGCGGUGAAAGUGCUGUAUCUGGAGGAUCCACCUGGCCUGGGUGGUGACGGGGAGAGAGCUGAGGGUGUUAGCGGGGGUAGCAAAGGAGAAAUGGAAGUAGAGGAGGGCAAAAGUUUGGGGUUCAACCCAGAGGCUCAGGUGUUUGUGCCAAUCGGGGGCCAGGUAUCUCCAGUCCUUCUGCCUUCCCUUUCCAGUUCUCCCACACCCCUCUCUGCUGCAUCUUGCCCAGGCUUAUUUGGGUACCCAGCCCCCAGCACCCCAACCAAUCCAACUACCCAUUCCUCCAACACCUCAACACCCUCCCCCCCAAGCUCUGGCCUUGCCUAUUUACCCUCUCAGCAGCAGCCUCCAGUGCCCCCCAACUCACGCCCACCCCCGCAGCCGAUCACCUUUACAACUGCCAGUUUUGCUGCCACUAAGUUUGGUUCCACUAAAAUGAAGAAGUGCGGCAGUUCAGGAUCAGCGGGGGGAUCGGGAGUUGGGGUACCCCCCCAGCAGAGAAUGCUGUCCCGCUCCCCUACUACCAGUUCCCCUCCAGGGCUGCUGAAGCACAAGCCCCUCUCCCUCUCCCUGCAUUCUCUGGGAAGUCAAAUCCCUAGUCAGCUCUCCCCCAAUGCCAAAGAGUUUGUCUACCCAGCCUCCCCAGGUGCCCUCUAUUUUGAUACAGAUGCCCCACCCUUACCACCACAUGCCAGUCCUUUCCAGCCACCACACCCUCACCCUGCUCACCCACACUCCCACCCCUCCUUUGACCCUUUCUCCAGUCCCCCACCAGGCCCUGCUGUGGGAAUCAUUGGUGGCAGUGGUGGGAUUUCCUACAUGGAAAAGCCACCAUUUGUGGAGGGGCUGGGAGGGUAUAACCUGCAGUACCCUAGUCAGGCCUUCCAGCCUGUGGUGCUGGCCAACUAACACCUGCAUUCAUUCAUUGAAUACAUUGUUGGAGUGAUGGACUGAUGCUGAAUCAUUUCCUUCUGAGGACUUUUUUUGUAACCUUGUUCUUACUAAUAUUACAGCUUAGAAAUCGUAUUAUUACUACCACUGUCAUAUGUUGUGAUGAUUGCCAUUUCUGUUAACGUUCUUGUACUACUAUUUUGGAAGGAUUUGAGUUUCUCUUUAGCCUGGGGAGUAACCAGCCUCCUGUUGCACAGUACAUUUUUGCAUUGAAUGUCAAACUGUUUAAAUGUUAACCUUUGAUGGUGUACCCCCCUUGGGUUUUGAUGCUAGACCAGACACUUUCUCCCCAUGGCAAAACAGUAUGAAAUAAUCUAGCUUGCACUGUUCUUAAAUGCUGUGAAAAAAAAGACCCAAAAACUCAGAUGAUGGUGGAUGGAUUUUAGGCGAUGGUUAUAUUUCCAUGUGCUGCCUGUACUCAGCCCUUGGUCAACAACUCACAGCAGACCUGUGCUGACACUGUAAAGCAGUCAGCAGUUCUGCAGUGUUUUGCGUUCUGCUGUGUGACUUAUGAACUUGACACUCAAGAACCCAGGCAUUUUAAAGCUGGAUUAAUACAAUAGCUCUAUCGAGGCAUUGACCCUAGGGUAGAGUACAGCUGACACCCAUGAUUGGUGUGUACCCCGCUGCUGGGAAGGGGCCGCUUUUGUCUGUCUGAAGUGUACUCAAAUUGUGCAAAAUGAACUUUACUUGAGGGGGAGAAUGUGGAGGAGUCUACGGAGGGCCAGUGGUGUGAGGCAUGAGGGGUCGUGUAUGGUGACAGAUUACAGUUUUGGGUAGUGGGGGCAGGGGGUUUUCAGAGAACGAGAUGAGACGGGGAGAGGCUAAUUGGUUUCUGGAAGGAAAGCAGGCCACACGCAUGCAUUCUCAGUCAGCAGUGUGUGAAGGUGAGAGGGUGGGAAUGGAUGGAUAUUGGAUGCAGUUAAGCGGUGGAGAUGGUGAUAAAUGGCUUUGCAUGACUUUGACAGUGAAGGAGAGAUCUUACUAAAUGGGAAGGGGGGGAGGAAAGGGGGGAAGGAGUAGUUUAUGAGGAUUACAGUGGGUGGAAGUACAGGGAGAGCAUUGGCUUAGACUGAGGGUUUAAAACCCAGAACACGUUUCUGUAGAGCUUCAGUGCCGUUGUAAACCAGUGGCCACAUUCUCUCUCGCUCUCUCCCUUCCCCCCCCUCUUUCUGUCUUUAGUCCUGUAAUUAUUUCCUGUGACAGUUGCUGCUCAAAACGUAAAAUGGGAAUAAUGCAAUGAAAGUUGUGAUGUUCUAUUUUCCUAUUUCUUUAGUUUCAUCCAAGGACUUACGAAUGUUUCCUAUGAUUUACAUUUAGUCACUUUAUAAUACCUUGCCAGAUCACUUUCCAAGAUGGUGAAUGGACCCAUGUCCCGGUGUAGGGGAUGGUACCGAACCAGGGUAAUGGCAACCCUGAUGUUCCAACCCCAUUCAAGUCCAUACAGCACUUUAUUCACAAAUUACACGGCUGUUACUGAGCCUUUGUAUUGCAGAGCUACACGGGAUCCCCUUGUCUCACCGGUGACAGCCCGUAUUCACAGUGUCUGUUCUUGGUGUUUUAAGAGUAAAGGUGGGCAUGUAGAUUGGAUUAAAAUAAAUGAAACAAAAAAAGACGUUGGAAUGAUGUUGAGGGGGCUACAGUGUCUGUGGUUCUCGGCGGAGCUGUGAGAGACAAACCGUUUUGUAAUGGGGUCGAGUGAGAGGGAAGGGGCUUGCCUCUCCCUGAGCUGAAUGUUUUUCUAGACUGUGCCCAUGAAUCUGCGUGUAUAAGCUAACACACAGGACCCUUGACUUGUGCUCACACUGGUAUUGCUACAUGACUGUCAAUCUCAUGCAGUUUUUUUUUUUUUUUUAAUUUAGAUUCUGUGUUUCUU